GUCAUAAGAUUUGCUUCAUGCUUUGAGAAAUAAAAGUGUUGUGCUUGAUUUUUGGAAUUUCAGGAAAAUCAAUCAAUCAACAGUCAGUUCAAAAAACUGAAAACAAAUCACUUUACUGAAAAAAGAAGCAUAAUUUCAAGCUUCGUUGGAAGGCCAACAUCAUUGCCAGAACUGACCCCGGAGUUGAUUCAAAAAGUGAACAACGGAGGAAUGUUACUUGCUCAAAAGUCAUUAACGUAUUUUUGGGCAACUGAUCUUUUGAAUCGCACUAAUGGCAUGCCGAGUAAAAAUGAUUAUUUCAACUACGCAAAAGCCAUUGUCAGUGCUUAUCCAGAGCUCAGCGGCGGAGACCAUGGAUGUGGGACUGUACGACAUCAGUUGAGUACAAAUGUGCGGAAUCGACGUGCUAAUUCAAAACGAUCUGCAAUGAAAUUUGGCGAAGACAAAUUGAAAAUGGGUCAAAAUAUUCCAACUGUUACGAGUAUAAAAAGCGUCCUGAUGCAGAUGGAGUAGAUGCACUGAAAGAGCUCGAAAAAAAUAUGAAUUCCGGUGAUACACCGCACCUACGUUUAUUGCUCAAAGCGUCUAUGAAUUUACGGAGGAAAUGGAUAAAAAAACGAGGCCACAAAUAUACCGGAUAUCAUAAAACGGCAUCCUCACCUGAAAAUUUGUAGCUUGGUACGCAAUUCUUUCAGGUAACAUUGGAAAUUGAUCGUGUUAUUACGUCCUAACACAUAGUCCUAUGUAGGCCCCUAAUUUUUUUCGACAUACUAGUAGAUAGUACGCAAACUAAAGCCACAUCAUCAUUUGUCGACAUCGGUAAGAGUCAUUUAGACAUACAGUAACAAUAACUCAUAGCUCAUAGUACACAAAAACAACUCUAUCUCAGCUAAACAGUAUCGAUAAGACCAACCCGGAAUUAUCCGCUUCUAUAUCAGCUGGGAAAAACAAUCACUCCUCACAGUUCUAACUCACGAUGAUCAACCGGUCCAAGUCCACCGAUAUCGUUAGAACUGAAUCACGUCGUUUCGUAAAAUUCCCUCAUCCUAAAAACUGAGCCAAUCAAACCCUCUAAUAUACUUUCCCACGCUUUUUUCCACCAGCAUCCAAGCCUGGGAAACCUCUUAUCAUCUCAACAGCCUACCCUAAACACAAAAACAAUUCCCUUCCAUAGCUCUCAUAAAGAAAAUCCCGAAGUUAUAAAAUGACCAUUUUUACAACACAACAGUCAGUUAACACCAGCUCCUUAAAAAGUUACAAUCGAAUAUCAAACGUAAUAACUUUUCUUCAAACAGUAAAAUUGUUAAACUCAGCGAAACUCAAAUUUAAACCUAUCUCAUCUUGUAAUAAAAAGUGUAACU